CAGAACCAACCCUCGUGUGGGAUUGUGUGGACGGAGGAAAAGCUCGUCGACGACGGACCCGACACAACCCUGUUCAAUGCCCCACUGUUAGCGACCGUGCCAUCGGCUCGGGCCCACGCCGGGACUCCACGACCUCCCACAGUUCUUUCCCGCUUCCGGUGUCUUGCUGCUUCGCCCUGCGAGGCGGACGAGGCCGGGAUUUGUGAUGCUGACUCGGUCUCCCGCUUCCGCAGCCGCAACCUCCCCCACAACAACCGUGACCGUGACCGUGACUGCAGCCGCAACCUCUCCGAGACCGAGUCGCGGCGCCGCUCCCCAUGGUCACUUCCACUAUGCCCCUACCCCUUCACUUCGAGAAGCAGCAUCCCGGAUCCCGGCCCUCUCCUCUCGCCGGCAAUCCGCAACCGCCCCCGCCACUUCGUCCACCUCUCUUCCCAUUUCAAUCCGGUCACGACACGGCCCAGCACCGGUAGCCUCCCACACCUCCUCCCCUGUAGCCUUCGACCCCGGCCUCGGCUUCCCUCCCUCGUCCCGGCCUCAGCGCUGGGCAGGCGUCGAUGUAGCGGCCCAGUACUCGCCCAUGGAGCCGAUGGAUUACACGACCGGCGCCCUGCUCUCUAGUCAAGCCACUGAUUCCUCGAACAACCAAGCCGUCGCCCGAGGCUCAAUCGAGUCCCGGCCUUCACAUAUACCUAACUCCGUCGGGCCCAUGGCUUCCCAUGAGGAGCAGGCCUCGGCCUUGGCCUCCACAUCAGAAGCUACCGCUGCUCCCAUUCCGCAUGGCCCGACAGUGGCCGUGGCGGUGCCUCCGACUCCUGGGGUCUACUCAGCGGCGCCCCAACCGCAUCCGUUGUCACAUACUCCUCAGACAGGUACCCCCGUGAAGAGGAGAAACUCGCAAGGCGACGUCACCCACAACCAAGUUGAAGCGGCGAGCGCCGGGCAAAGCGGUCCGCACUCCCCUAAGCGCGCGAGAUUAGCGCCCAAAAUUGUGUCCCGGCGAUAUGAGCACUGUCCAGUCGAAGACCUGGUUGUGCUUAUUGCGCACAUGCUGGGCGAGCUCAUUGAACUUAACGACGAAGCGGCUCAGAAAGUGGGGCAGCGUCAUAACCUUACGAGGUUUCACUCCCGAACGACACCUGGAAUAUCGGUUUUGGAUUAUCUCCACCGACUCGCAAAACAUGCCUAUCUGUCACCACCAAUACUUCUCUCCAUGGUUUAUUAUAUCGACCGCCUUUGCGCACUAUACUCGGACUUCACCAUUAACACACUUACCGUUCAUCGAUUUCUCAUAACAGCCGCUACCGUUGCCGCCAAGGGGCUCUCAGACUCCUUCUUGACCAACACACUAUAUGCGAGAGUGGGAGGUGUCAGAGUUGCGGAACUUAACAUGCUCGAGUUGGAAUUCCUCCACCGCGUCGACUGGAAGAUCGUGCCCGACCCUGACGUCCUUGUGGCAUAUUAUGGUGGACUUGUGGCCAGAUGUCCAGGAUACAUACUGGAAUGCCCAGAACCAGAACAAGCAGACGACGAAGAUGAAGAUGAAGAGCUAGACGAAAGCGAUGCGAUAGGCGACGACGACGACGACGAUAUAGACGGCGAAGGAGGAGAAAGGGAAGAGGAGACGAGUUCAAGCCAAAGGGAUAGACAUGCCACGUAACCAAGGUGUUCUUCGGCUCAAAUCGAUCAGUCAUGUCCGAUCUGGAGCUGGUGUAUAACAACGGGAC